CUGCGAGCCCCUGCUGGGGGACCCUCUGGAGACCCCCUCAGAAGCCGAGUUGGCACGGGAGGCGGGGCGGGGAGCUCCGGGGCUGCCGGCGGGACUUCCGCCACGGGACCCGGAAGGUGCCGCGCUGCCGCUGGUGGGAAUUGUAGUCCCGCCGUGGUUGGGGGGGCCCGCGGCUCAUGCGCGGUGCACCGAGGCUUGUUUCACAUCUGUAACAACAGGUGCUGGUGUAGGGCAGCUCAUGAUUUGAUGGGUCGUGAGUAGGUCAUGGCAGGUGCUGAAGUGAGGCCAGUGUGUCCAGUGUGUGUUUCAUGCUAUUAACAAAACGUGUCCGUGUUAUUAGAGAGGAGGCCCAGCCUCGUGAUGAGGAAUAGCAAGGAGAGCAUUCAGCUCCAGUUCAAAAGCCUACAAAAUCUGAGACUGUCACUGCUCUUGUAAGUUUCCUCUCUGAGCUACCAUAUCCUAUCGGCUGAAAUUUCCGGCAUCCCUGGGGGAGAGAGGCCAUCAGGGCAGACCUGCUAUGGACCUGAAAGAUUCGGCCCCAGGAUUCCAGCUUUCCCUCCUGGCCAGAAAUGUUCAGCCUGGACUCUUUCAGAAAAGAUCGGGCCCAGCACAGGCAGCGUCAGUGCAAACUUCCCCCACCCCGCCUUCCACCCAUGUGUGUCAACCCUGCCCCUGGAGGGACCAUCUCUCGAGGCUGAACGUUAACAUUUCCAACAUGGCAGCUUCUAGGGACCUAUUAAAAGAGUUCCCACAGCCCAAAAACCUUCUCAACAGUGUAAUUGGAAGAGCCCUUGGCAUCUCACAUGCAAAAGACAAACUGGUCUACGUGCACACGAAUGGACCGAAGAAAAAGAAAGUCACCCUCCACAUAAAGUGGCCCAAGAGCGUGGAGGUAGAAGGCUAUGGCAGCAAGAAGAUCGAUGCUGAGCGGCAGGCUGCGGCCGCUGCCUGCCAGCUGUUCAAGGGAUGGGGCCUGCUGGGUCCCCGAAAUGAGCUGUUUGAUGCAGCCAAAUACCGUGUGCUAGCCGAUCGCUUUGGCUCUCCAGCUGACAGCUGGUGGCGCCCAGAACCCACCAUGCCACCUACUUCCUGGAGGCAGCUGAAUCCUGAGAGCAUCCGGCCAGGGGGACCUGGGGGCCUGUCCCGCUCCUUGGGCCGGGAGGAAGAGGAGGAUGAGGAGGAAGAGCUAGAAGAGGGGACCAUUGAUGUCACCGACUUCCUAUCCAUGGCCCAGCAAGACUCCCACACCCCACUCAGGGACUCGAGGGGGGGUUCCUUUGAAAUGACAGACGACGACAGUGCUAUUAGGGCUCUGACCCAGUUUCCACUUCCUAAGAACCUUCUGGCCAAAGUGAUUCAGAUAGCAACGUCGUCCUCCACAGCUAAGAACCUCAUGCAGUUCCAUACUGUGGGCACCAAGACCAAGCUGUCCACUCUCACUCUGCUUUGGCCCUGUCCUAUGACCUUUGUCGCCAAAGGGCGCCGCAAAGCGGAGGCUGAGAAUAAGGCAGCAGCCCUGGCCUGCAAGAAACUGAAGAGUCUGGGCCUGGUGGACCGCAACAACGAGCCGCUCACCCACGCCAUGUAUAACCUGGCCUCCUUGCGUGAGCUGGGUGAGACCCAGCGCCGGCCAUGCACCAUCCAGGUGCCUGAGUCCAUCCUCCGCAAGAUAGAAACCUUCCUGAACCAUUACCCUGUGGACAGUUCAUGGAUCUCCCCAGAACUCCGGCUGCAGAGUGAUGACGUCUUGCCCUUGGGCAAGGACUCGGGGCCCCUGAGUGACCCUAUCACGGGCAAGCCCUAUGUGCCCCUGUCAGAAGCAGAGGAGGUCCGUCUGAGCCAGAACUUGCUGGAGCUGUGGCGGCGGAGAGGGCCAGUCUGGCAGGAGGCCCCCCAGCUCCCUGUGGACCCGCACCGGGACACGAUCCUCAAUGCCAUUGAGCAGCACCCGGUGGUGGUCAUAUCUGGGGACACAGGCUGUGGAAAAACCACACGCAUCCCCCAGCUGCUGCUGGAGCGCUACGUGACCGAGGGUCGCGGUGCCCGCUGCAACGUGAUCAUCACCCAGCCGCGCCGAAUCUCCGCCGUGUCGGUGGCACAGCGGGUCAGCCAUGAACUGGGCCCCUCUCUGCGCCGGAACGUGGGUUUCCAGGUGCGGUUGGAAAGCAAGCCCCCGGCCCGAGGCGGGGCCCUGCUCUUCUGCACCGUGGGCAUCCUGCUGCGGAAGCUGCAGAGCAACCCCAGCCUCGAGGGCGUGAGCCAUGUCAUUGUGGACGAGGUCCACGAGCGGGACGUGAAUACGGACUUCCUGCUGAUUCUGCUCAAGGGCCUGCAGCGGCUCAACCCGGCCCUGCGGCUGGUGCUCAUGAGUGCCACGGGCGAUAACGAGCGCUUCUCCCGCUACUUUGGUGGCUGCCCUGUUAUCAAGGUGCCCGGCUUCAUGUACCCGGUCAAGGAGCACUACCUGGAGGACAUUCUGGCCAAGCUGGGCAAGCACCAGUACCCGCACCGGCACCGGCACCACGAGUCUGAGGAUGAAUGUGCACUCGACUUGGACCUCGUGACAGACCUGGUUCUGCACAUCGAUGCCCGAGGGGAGCCAGGUGGGAUCCUCUGCUUCCUGCCUGGGUGGCAGGAGAUCAAAGGAGUGCAGCAACGCCUCCAGGAGGCCCUGGGCAUGCACGAGAGCAAGUACCUAAUCCUGCCAGUGCACUCCAACAUCCCCAUGAUGGACCAGAAGGCCAUAUUCCAGCAGCCACCAGUCGGGGUGCGCAAGAUCGUCUUGGCCACCAAUAUCGCAGAGACCUCAAUUACAGUCAAUGACAUUGUGCAUGUGGUGGACAGCGGUCUGCACAAGGAGGAACGCUAUGACCUGAAGACCAAGGUGUCCUGCCUGGAGACUGUGUGGGUGUCACGAGCGAAUGUGAUCCAGCGCCGGGGCCGGGCGGGCCGCUGCCAGUCGGGCUUUGCUUACCACCUAUUCCCACGGAGCCGGCUGGAGAAAAUGGUCCCUUUCCAAGUGCCGGAGAUUCUGCGUACGCCCCUUGAGAACCUGGUGCUACAAGCCAAAAUCCACAUGCCUGAGAAGACGGCAGUGGAGUUCCUUUCCAAGGCGGUGGACAGUCCGAACAUUAAGGCAGUGGACGAGGCUGUGAUCUUGCUCCAGGAGAUUGGAGUGCUGGACCAGCGGGAGUACCUGACCACCCUGGGGCAGCGCCUGGCCCACAUCUCCACUGACCCCCGGCUGGCCAAGGCCAUAGUGCUGGCUGCCAUCUUCCGCUGCCUGCACCCGCUGCUGGUGGUUGUUUCCUGCCUCACCCGGGACCCCUUCAGCAGUAGCCUGCAGAACCGGGCGGAGGUGGACAAGGUGAAGGCGCUGUUGAGCCAUGACAGUGGCAGCGACCACCUGGCCUUCGUUCGAGCCGUGGCCGGCUGGGAGGAGGUGCUGCGCUGGCAGGACCGCAGCUCCCGGGAGAACUACCUGGAGGAGAACCUGCUCUACGCACCCAGCCUGCGCUUCAUCCACGGACUCAUCAAGCAGUUCUCAGAGAACAUUUAUGAGGCUUUCCUGGUGGGAAAGCCCUCGGACUGCACCCUGGCUUCUGCCCAGUGCAACGAGUACAGUGAGGAGGAGGAGCUGGUGAAGGGCGUGCUGAUGGCCGGCCUCUACCCCAACCUCAUCCAGGUGAGGCAGGGCAAGGUGACCCGGCAGGGCAAGUUCAAGCCUAACAGCGUCACAUACAGGACCAAAUCAGGCAACAUCUUGCUGCACAAGUCGACCAUUAACAGGGAGGCCACGCGGCUCCGGAGCCGAUGGUUGACGUACUUCAUGGCCGUCAAGUCCAACGGCAGUGUCUUCGUACGGGACUCCUCCCAGGUCCACCCGCUAGCCGUGCUGCUGCUGACAGAUGGGGACGUCCACAUACGUGAUGAUGGGCGCCGGGCCACCAUCUCGCUGAGUGACAGUGACCUUCUGAGGCUGGAGGGGGACUCUCGCACCGUGCGGCUGCUGAGGGAGCUGCGCCGGGCCCUGGGCCGCAUGGUGGAGCGGAGCCUGCGCAGCGAGCUGGCCGCGCUUCCGCCCGGCGUCCAACAGGAGCACGGGCAGCUGCUUGCCCUGCUGGCAGAGCUGCUGCGAGGACCCUGUGGCAGCUUUGAUGUGCGCAAGACGGCCGACGACUGAGCCCCGUGUCUGCUGGGGCUGUGUACAGAGUGCAAAUGUUUAUUUAAAAUAAAGUUCUAUUUAUCCCUUGUGA